UUUUGGACUCAGCUAAAGCGCUAAUGAUUAUUGGACUAAUGGACAUUAAGGUUGAAACUAGUCCUAAGGAUAAGGAAUCUUCGCCUCGCGGUAGUUACAAAAGGAAAAGACGUCAACGUACUUCUAUUAAACAACCACAAGCUGAAGAGAUUUCAGAAUCCGAUGUUUCGGAAAAUGAUCUCUGUGAAGAUGAAUCUCAUGCAAAAGUUUCUAAAGGAGAAGAAGGAGAUCUUGUAAUUCUCCAACACGAGGUCUUAUCUAAACCCUCUGAAAUAAUAAUCGAAAGUGCAUCCAAUGAACCACAGGCCAAUGUUAAUUCUCGUUUAGCUGAAUAUCCUCAAGUUUUAAACGAAGCAGAUGAUUCGAGUUGCUCUUUACCUGGACCAUCAACUCGUUACCCUCGCCCUGUCUGUAAAUUGUCCCCAUCAGCAGCUUUUAAAGCCAAUUUGAGACAAAUGAGAAUAGAGAAAAUUCAACACUCAACGGGUGGAUUAAGUGGUCGAAAAAUGUGGUCGGAAGAGGAAACAAAAACACUUGUUGAUGUUUGGGAUGAAGAAUCAGCCGGUAUUUGGAGAUCAUCAAGUAAAAAAAUGAUAUCUCUUCAAAGGAUAAGUGAUAUUCUACAACAGCGUAACGUGGAUCGUGAUGUGUCGCAGGUCGAAGGUAAAAUCAAAGCUCUAAAACGUGAUUUCAAAGCAGUUAAAGCAAAUAAAGCGAUCCCAUCAGUUCAAGCUCGAAUGGCUCCUUAUCUUGACAAAUUGGAAUCAAUUUUCCUAAGGGAAGAAUUAUGACA